UUGUCCAGUAUUAGACGCCAGAUGACGCUCUUGUCUAACGGUCUCGCCCUUUUUAGCCCAGACCCUUAGAUGAUUUCCAUACCGAGAAGUUAUCGGACACGUUUCACUGUCUAUCAAUAACCUCCUGGGGAUCAAGCCAAUUUAUGACUGGCCCAGGAGCUGCACGUGAUUCUAUUUAAACAUUCCAUAUUUGGGCAUUACACGUCGUAUCAGGAAAAAAAAGAAAAUGAUUUCCUCCUCCUAUAAAUCCUGCUCUUUUUUAGGACAAGCCCAACGUCCUCUAGAAAUACAAAUAAAGUCCAAUAAACAAAUAAAACUUCUAAACAACUCAUGUAUACUUUAUUAGCUGAUUCAAUCUCUGCUGCGAUCGGGUGCUUUUUGUGACUCUCUCUAAGGUUACUAUAUUGUUUUGGAAAUAGAAUGAGCUCAUACGUUGGAAAGUCUUUUUCUAAGCAAACGCAAGACGCCUCCUCUUGUAGAAUGCACACUUUUGGCAACUAUGGUGUUCACUCUGAGUUUCACGAGUCCAAUUACGCGUACGAAGGACUUGAUAUCGGCGGAUCCUUCAGUUCUCAAAUCCCCUCCAACUCUUUGAAACGGGAGGCGAUAAACACAAGCGACCGUGCAAGGACCAGUGCAGCAGUUCAGCGAACACAGUCCUUUUCAGCUCUGGGCUCUCGUAGCUUUGUAAGCCCUCACGGGUACAACCCCCUCAGUCACGGACUGUUGAGCCAAAAAGCCGAGGGGAAUAUGGAAGUUAUGGAGAAGCCCAGCGGCAAGAGCCGCACAGACGAUAUCAAAAUGGAGACUACUUCAGCGAUAAAGCAACAAACUAACUCGACUCAGCGUCAGAACCAGUCGCAGCCGCAGAUAUAUCCGUGGAUGACAAAGCUACACAUGAGCCACGAAUCUGACGGUAAAAGGUCACGAACCAGUUACACCCGGUACCAGACUCUGGAGUUGGAGAAAGAGUUCCAUUUCAACCGAUACCUCACACGUCGCAGACGUAUCGAGAUUGCCAAUAACCUCUGCUUGAACGAGCGGCAAAUUAAAAUUUGGUUCCAGAACCGUCGCAUGAAGUGGAAGAAGGACUCAAAGUUGAAAGUGAAAGGAGGACUAUAAAUAAUGUGGUGCACGGCUUCAAUUUAAAAAGCCUGAAAUUAAAGGCAGUGUUAACUUGAAACAACAAAUGAUUAGAUUUUGUUGUUAACAACAUUAAAUGUCUUUCAUUUGUCUACAAUA